AUGGCCAAGGAGGAAGAAGUCGCAAAGAAGUCCGGUUACACGUAUUGGAAACGGGAAAUUGAUGACGCUCAUGUUCUUCCAGACAACCGGCCACAGAAGAUUGAUGGAGACCAACCAGCUCAGGUGGCUCUGCCCAAGGCAGAUUCUGUGAGCUCCAGUUGGAACUCUGCCGGAACAUGGGAGGAGAAGGACAUGGGUGUGGCUGCCCGAACGGAGCUCGAGAAGAUUUUGGGGGACGAGAGCUUCUUCCUCCUCCAGCUAGAUGACAAGAACAAGGUCCAGGCCACGAAGGUGACCGUGACGGGAGAUUCAUCGGCAUAUCACAUUCGUGGAAGGCCGCGGCUUGGCUUCGAGUUCACCGUGAAGCUGUCGUGGAAAGGCUUCUUCGAGGGGGAGGAGGUCGUCGGCGAACUAGAAGUGCAGGACCUGGACUCUAGUGAUCUGGAUGGUUUUGAGAUCAGGCCGAAGCCAAAGACAGGUGAAGCCUCCAAGCGUGCAGCUGCAGCGUUGAAAAGCGGCGCAAGGCCAGCCAUCAAGAAGGCAGCAGAAUUGUUGAGCCAGCGGCUGCUGGUGAGGUGA